AGUUGUUUUUUUUUGUUGGCGUCAGGAACUCGCCCUGAGAAGACACAAAUGAAGCGUGCUGCUCAAGAUUAUUUCCGUUGUAGGUUAUUCACUAAACAGGAUGCAUUAGUUUGAGUCUUGUUUUGGUACUGGAAGGCCUAUGAAGAAUUCUUUCUCCAUUCUCUGAGAUGAACUGAAUAUUUUCUCCUCAAAGCGAGAAGUAUUUUAACAUUAACGAUAGUGGCGGGAUGAUGCGUGUCCUGAUUCUGAUGUUGUCCUUUUUUGUGGCUGGCGGAACAGACCGAGUGAGGACAAAGUGCACAGCCGAGGCUUGCCUUACAUUGCAUUUGGAGGAGGAACGGUUUGAAAAAGCUAAAGAAAACUGUGUCAAUAAUGGAGGCAAUUUGGUUACUAUGAUAAAUGACAAUGAAUUUCAGAGAGUUAAAUCGGCUCUUUUAGCAGCAGAAGACAGCAUCCUUAACUCUAAAGUUUGGAUCGGACUUGAGUUGCCGAAAAAACACUGCACUGAUUUCACUGAGGAGUUACACGGCUUCAAAUGGACGUCAGAGCCAAACGAGUCCAAAUAUUCCAACUGGAAAAAGAAACCAUUGAGCACGUGCACGGAAAAAAGGUGUGUGUCGAUUUCGUUGGCUGAUGAUCUCAAGUGGACAGAUGGCUCGUGUAGAGAAAGAGCAUUUUAUAUGUGUAAAUUUUUCUCCAAAGGCAUGUGCAAACCCAUAGUGAUGGAAGAACCAGGUGAUGUCAAGUACAAUCUUCCGUUCUUACAAAAACCGCAAACUCAAAAUGAAGGGUUGGGGAUGUUACCACAUGGGACAUGGGCUGAAAUACUAUGCGGUGGGUCGGAGGAUAAAGCAUCUUUUGACUCAUUUUGUGACACAAAAGAUGGUAUUUUUGGCUGGACAAAUUCAGAGCGUUUUUGCGCACGAGAUAAAAGAAGUUGCAAACAUAAAAACGGAGGCUGUGAUCACAUUUGUUAUGAGACUGCAGGAGAAAGUGUUCGUUGUAAAUGUCGUGAAGGUUAUUAUCUGAUGGAUGAUCAAGUUAAUUGUGCUCUCAGAAACAACUGCGAAAAUUCACCUUGCAAAUCAAAGUGUAUACCGACACCUACUGGGUUUUCAUGCGCAUGCGCGGAGGGAUUUCAGUUGGCUGAAGAUAACAUAAGCUGCGUUGAUAUCGAUGAAUGUCAUCAACAUAUCUGCGGUGAACGCAUGUGUCUCAACACGCCGGGAAGCUAUUUUUGUGGAUGUAAUCCAGGUUUCAGGCUUGUUGCUGGCAAAUGUGAAGACGUGGACGAAUGCACCGAAUCCAGAUGUGAUCAGGGCUGUCUCAAUUCCCAGGGUUCAUUCUCUUGUUACUGCCACGCAGGUUAUUAUUCAUUAUCAGACAAUAGAGGAACAUGUAUAGAUGUAGAUGAAUGUCUUAGAAAACCAUGUGAAGACAUCUGCCUCAAUACUUUAGGUAGUUUCAAAUGUUCCUGCAGGAAAAACUUUAUUUUGGCUAAAAAUGGAAUCAGCUGUGUCCCGGAUCCCACAGAGAAACCACAAAACACUCCAUCUCCAGAUCAUAGAGAAGCGUUCAUCACUAAAUUGACUCAGCUAACUACCAGUUUUGAAUCGCCAACAAUCAAACCCCCUCCACUUAACGAGACAAACAAUCAAGUGGACUCCAGUAAACGCAAAGAAAAUUUUCUCAGUAGUUGGAUAUUCAUGUAUGUUUUAGCUUCAGUUAUUCCAUUGGUUGUGCUCAUUAUGCUCAUAUCAGUUUUAGUCAUCUGGAAACGUUCAAGAAAAGAGAUUUUGAAAAAUAACACCGCUGACAACUACUGCUGGGUUUCAUCUGGAUUGGACAAAGAACGGAAAAAAAGCAACAUUAACAUUAAAUGACAUUUAAGCAACAUUAAAUGACAAUGAAACAACAAUGAAAUGUAGCCCAAGUGUGAAUGCUUAUUUUCCAUCAGCAUCAUAUCUGACAGACUUUUAAAAUUGUUUUUGUGAAUUCUAUCCUUAUAUUGGAAUUCCAGAAUUAUCUAGGCCUAUUUUUUUCCCUCUAGAUGUUAUAUAAAAAAAAGUGAGCAUAAUAAAACCACAAAGGAUAAUUUAAGGCAAGGGUCAAUGAAGAUAGGCUAUACUUUAACGAAUGGAUAAACUCUUUUCAGGGUGUUUUCUGUCAGGGAGGGGCAAGUUGUACCUAUAUGUUAUGUUGUCACUUAUUAAAUACAAUUUCUGUCUUUUAAGUGUUUUCUGUUUAAUUAAUUGUUUUGUUUGAUAAUUGUUGUUUUGCAGUCUCCGUUUUGCUGAAAAGCCUAUAAUAGAAUAGCCUGUUUAACUGCACAGGACCCACCGUGACACAAUUUGAACAUGUCACAAAAGGGCAACAUUUUUUUCAGUGAACUAUAUUUCUGGAAUUUAAUAACAAUGUUUUUUUACGGUCUUUUGUAGCCAAGAAUUUACAGUAUGUAUAUAUUGAGAAAUUAACAAAAAAGUGUAGGUUGGGGUAAGAUGCCCAUACACACGCCUUAAUUUGUUCUCCUGACCAUAGAUGACACAAAAUCUCAUUUCAGCACUUUUGAUGAAUGGCUACGCUAUUUUCAAUUUUGCAAUUUCUUCUGAAUAUCAACAUUUGUGAGAUUUAGUCAAUUGAAACAGUUUUUGGAUUUGUAAUGUAAAAGUUAUAGUUUCUAUUUUGAAGUAAAAAGAUUAGACCCUUGGGGUAAGAUGGGCCACCCAGAAUUGGCACAAAAGGCCCCAAUGGCAUGUUGUUACUAGUGUUAUUAUUUUAAAAUGUAAUAAUUAUUGUAAUUAAUAGGGUUAUUAUUCAGUAUUUACAUGAAUUAAAUGUACAUUUCAGACAUCUUUGCUUUUAUUAAAACCUUGAGUAAAAUCAUUA